CCAUAGUCAUUUGUCGCACAAAGAGAAGGAGGGAAAGAGAAGACACUAACACAUGGAGCUUGAGUGCAUUGUGAUAUAGACCUGCGAAGGGUUUCAUGCUGCGAUUGAGGACGUUUUAAAGGAACAGCGUUUUGUACGACACUUCAUUUUACGGACCACUCUUCGAUGCAGAACUAGUUUGUUUAUUCGAACGAAGGCGGAUUUGAAAACUAUUGAAAGGGACUUUUGGUCACCUCAACAAGUUUUUGUCUGUUCUAAAUUACUAUACUGUGCUCUCGGGGCUUCUACCUUUCCUUACAUUCAAGGAACGGUCUAUGAAAAGUCUCUCAGGAUGUUGACAACUCCACAAAAACGGAUAUGAAUUAAGGAACUCUUUGAUUUUUGCAACGAAAUCGCGUGAGAUUGUUAAUACGCCACAUUUCUUGUUUUAUUCGCCCCAUUCGCUUCAUGUUUUAAGCCGUUUUAGGACCCCAAAAGUCGAGGGGGGAAAACGACGAAAGUCACUUACGCGGAUUCCGUAACAGUUCAGUUAAAACUCGUUCAUGAAGCUCGUGCCCGUCUCGUUGGAGCAUCGUCACUUCUGCAGAUGUGCUCUGGUUCAAUUCUAACCAUCGUGGUGUUGAUGGAGAGCCUUUCGAAUGACAGCCGGGACAGUGGUAAUCACAGGUGGAAUUCUAGCUACAGUAAUCUUACUGUGCAUUAUCGCUGUACUGUGUUACUGUAGGCUGCAGUACUAUUGCUGUAAGAAGGAGGAGUCGGAGUCAGAGGAGGAGGAGCCUGACUUCGCCGUCACGUCUCGUCUGCCGCCGGUGCAUUCAAAUCACAACAUCCUGGCGGCCACUGUCCCCACGGCAACCACCCCCAAUGGGCCUGCCCUCUUCACGCCCCCGCCGGCACGAAAACUGACACGCUCGCAGACGUACUGUCCGUCCUGUACGCAUUACGACCUGCCAUUUUACCUGCAGCAGCCUGACAGCCUGCGAAAUGGUGGCGAACGCAUUAGCUACCGCAGCGUGCAUCAGCAGGAUUUGGGGAUGCCCGCCCCGCUGCCCACUCCUCUGCCCGCCCCGCUGCCCACCCAGCUGCCGAUGCCGCUACCCAAUUACCACAAACUAAACCUCAGCCGCUCGGUCACCAUGAGGGAGAUGUUCACGCGAAGCUGCAGCAUUAGCACCGACGUGUAGCCAGCCAUCCGAACGGUUUAUGCUAGAUGCUAACGGCUAACUGCGUCAACACAGGCAACAGAGUCAAUUCUCAUUGAAAAACAUAAUUCAGCAUUCAAGCUCUAGCACUUGCCUGCAUAAAAACAAUAUCCUCUGGAAAACUCCCAGAGUGCCGAGCUUUCAGGAAGACAUCCCAGUGUGUUUGUGCGUAACUGGGAACUAUAAAGGCAGAAAUGGGGUGAGAGCAGAGAUCCGGAGCCCCUCUCCCUCCCUCACCCCCUCUGCUUCACUCCUGAAUCCCUUUUUUUCUGUUUUCAGUAAUUGAAAAGAAGAUUCAGAAAAUAAAGACACAAUGGGACACCUGUUUUUAUGCUUUCCUUACAUUUGUCUGGGAUUAAAAAAAACGUAACAAUACACAGAAACGCUUCGAAAAUCUUGAAUUUUUCAAUAUACAGUCUGAAUUGAAACUUUUGUAUUGGUCAUUCACGUAGCUCGAGACGUUUUAGCUGGAUAUUAACUGAUAUAGCCGCGGACUUUGUUUUAACAAACCAACACAUACAGGACAACUUACAAAAAGCCCUAAGCGGCUGCAAUAACACUGCUAGAUCAAAAUGUGACAUCAGCAAACAACAUGAUGUAGGCGUUUGAUUUUGAGGUAACGUAUGGGAUGAGAGGCAUUAUUUUUUUACUGACAAAAGUUAUUGAGUUACCGUGCGUGAUUCUAGGUAUUUAUAGAUGUUUUCACGAUUACAAACUUUCUUCUGUUUUGGAUGUUUAAAUUAUUUGUUCUUCUUUAUUCACAUUUCUCCUAUCUAAAAAGGUUCAGAUUUUUGUUUUACCUGCAUUGACAUGUUAUGAUUUCCACUGAUUUUUUUUUUUUUUUUUUACAAAUCUGGAUGUGAGACGGAUACAAAGGCUGAUUUGAUUUCAUGGGCUACAUUUGCUCUUUCUAAACGCUGCUUGUUGGACUAUGAAGAGAACAUCUUCAGCCAGAAGGGUUUUCCCUCCCUCUCUCUCUCUCUCUCUCUCUACUGUUCAUGCUUACAGAGGCGUCAAUUAGCCUAUUUCCUGCGUAGUUGAUGUGAAAACAAGUGGGGCGUUGCACCGACUUUCUUCUUUUUAAAAAUGACGGUGAUUAUCAAGAAUAUUUGUUCUGUUUCUAGUUUUGAAAGUGAUAUUCUUCUCUCUCUGGGUGUGUAGCCGCACACUACAGCCCUGCAGGUGACAUUGUGAUGAUCACCAUGUGCUUGUGUUGUGAUUUCAAUUCUCUCUCCUAGCUCUUCUUUCACUCAUUGGGUCCCUUUUCAAUCUCACACAGUCUCUCUCUCAUACGCGCACACAUACACGUUUCAGUGCCUGUUAAUACCAACUGUAUUAUUAUUAUUAUUAUUAUUUAUGAAUUGUUUUUGCAUCACUACUUUAUCACAGUAUUUUUGUUUCAGGAAUAGGUCAAUAAUAUUGUUUCUUGUUCUAAAGUGAUGCCGAAAUGUUCCUGUAAUUGAUAAUACAAUUAAGAAUACUGUGGACAAUAAAUUGGUUGAAAACUU